AUGUCUUUUCGGCUAAAAUGCUUGAAACGGCGCAUGUCGCAGAUCCAGCCGCUCAUCCAGGUGCUGGCCCAUCUCCACAACAUCAACUAUUCGGCAGACUCCCUAGACCCAGAGUUGUGGGACAAGUUAUACUCGUUGCCCAUUGCCAUGAAUUCGAGUAUUCAGAGCGAGAUGUUCGAGGAGUGUGAGUACGAGCCCUCGCAGAACUUUCUCAACCAGAUGCCCAUCAUCUUGCCCCGAGAAGCCUUGGACAAUCUCAUGAAGUCUGAGUGUGUGGCAGAUUUCUUUGUCACUCUCAUCAGAUAUGUGUAUCCCCACAUUGGCCCACUACUGUGUCACUUUUCCAACAUGGAGACCGAUGUUGAGAAAGUCCGCAUGAUGCGCGUCUUCUUCCAAAAAGACAACUGGGCCGACGUCGCCGACUUCAUGAACAACUUCUACUAUGGCGCUCUGGUAGUUGCAUUGUCUCCAACUAACUUCAGAUCUCAUCGUUUCGAAACGUGGUUUGCAGAGACAUAUUUGCUGGAACUACUCACACCCAUCUGCAACUAUCUUCGGGUCCAAUAUGGCAAACCACAACGUCGGCUUAAUCAGUACUAG